AGGAGCUUUUGUCUGUUUGUUUUUCUCCGAGGUUUCAGUCUCCACCUUGUUGACCAACGUUAGCGCAACAAAUCACAUUUUAUUAUCGCAUCAUCCCAAAGGUACUCGACCCAAUUCUUUUUUUGUCGUUUUUUUUACAGCGAUUUCGUGUGCUAUGGCACGCUCUCGUAGCUGUCUUGCUAACCGUAGCCAGGUGGUGCACACAGCCUGGCAGUGUUUAUUUUUAGCAACAGUCGCGACUAACGAAUGUUAGCCGCUCCGGCUAGCCAUUAGCGUGUUAGCUCGCUCUCAUCAUCUUCAGGAUUCUGACAGAUGGAUCAGCAGUCCCAGUCCUAUAUGUUUGCCAGUCUGACACGACCCCAUUCAGAGCAGCUGCUGCAAGGCCUACAGCUGUUGCGGCAAGACCAUGAGCUGUGCGACAUUGUGCUGCGAGUGGGAGAUGUCAAGAUCCAUGCCCACAAAGUGGUCCUGGCCAGCAUCAGCCCAUACUUCAAGGCUAUGUUCACUGGCAAUCUUUCUGAGAAGGAGACUUCAGAGGUUGAGUUCCAGUGCAUUGAUGAAUCUGCGCUACAGGCCAUUGUGGAAUAUGCCUACACAGGAACAGUUUUUAUUUCACAGGAAACAGUGGAAUCUCUUCUUCCAGCUGCCAACCUCCUCCAGGUCAAACUGGUGUUGAAAGAGUGCUGCAGCUUCUUGGAGAGUCAGCUGGAUGCUGGGAACUGUAUUGGCAUUUCCCGUUUUGCAGAAAUGUAUGGCUGCCACGAUCUCUGUCUGGCAGCCACUAAAUUCAUCUGUCAAAACUUUGAGGAGGUCUGUCAGACAGAGGAGUUUUUCGAGCUGACUAGGGAAGAGCUGGACGAGAUAGUUUCCAAUGACUGCUUAAAGGUGGUCACAGAAGAGACGGUCUUCUAUGCCCUGGAGUCAUGGAUUAAAUAUGAUCUGACAGAGAGGCAGCAGUACCUGGCUCAGCUCCUCCACUGUGUGCGACUACCGUUGCUCAGUGUUAAAUUUCUGACCCGCCUCUAUGAGGCUAACCACCUUGUCCGUGAUGACCAUGCCUGCAAGCACCUUCUCAAUGAGGCCCUCAAAUACCACUUCAUGCCUGAGCACCGGCUUUCGUACCAGACAGUGCUGUCUACAAGACCACGCUGUGCCCCCAAGGUCCUUCUUGCGGUGGGAGGCAAAGCUGGGCUCUUCGCCACUUUGGAAAGUAUGGAGAUGUACUUCCCUCAGACAGACUCCUGGAUUGGGCUGGCCCCACUCAAUGUGCCCCGCUGUGAGUUUGGAGUUGCCGUGCUGGACCAGAAGGUGUAUGUUGUGGGCGGCAUUGCCACACACAUGCGACAGGGUAUCAGCUACAGACGCCAUGAGAGCACAGUGGAGAAAUGGGACCCAGACAGCAACACCUGGUCCUCAGUGGAGCGGAUGGCGGAGUGUAGGAGCACGCUAGGAGUUGUGGUGUUGGCAGGGGAGCUAUAUGCACUUGGGGGAUAUGAUGGCCAAUAUUAUCUUCAGUCAGUGGAGAAAUAUGUAACCAAGGUGAAAGAGUGGCAGCCGGUGGCACCCAUGACUAAAUCACGCAGUUGUUUUGCCACUGCAGUACUAGAUGGUAUGAUUUAUGCCAUUGGGGGCUACGGACCUGCUCACAUGAACAGUGUGGAGCGCUAUGACCCCAGCAAAGAUGCCUGGGAAUUGGUAGCACCCAUGGCCAAUAAAAGGAUAAACUUUGGAGUGGGAGUCAUGUUAGGGUUCAUAUUUGUGGUUGGAGGACACAAUGGUGUAUCACAUCUGUCAAGCAUCGAAAGAUAUGACCCCCACCAGAACCAGUGGACAGCAUGUCGACCCAUGAAUGAACCUCGCACAGGGGUUGGCUCUGCUGUUGUGGACAACUACCUCUAUGUGGUGGGUGGUCAUUCAGGAUCAUCAUACCUGAACACAGUGCAGCGCUAUGAUCCCAUCUCGGACAGCUGGCUAGACUCCAGUGGCAUGAUGUACUGCCGCUGUAACUUUGGCCUGACUGCCCUUUGACCCUGGGCACCUCUGUAAUUUGUGUAGGAUACUGUGUAAGAGAAGAGAGACAAAAAUUGUUCGCAUUUCUUUUGUCUACUCCCAAUUCUUCUUUGGAACCGUGUUCCUCAGGAGGUGCCGUUAAGGAUUUUUGGGUUCACAGUAGUAGAAGGAGUAAGACUGGAAAAGAGCUUGGAUAAUGUGAGUCCUUCACAGCUGUAGGGAGUCUGCAAAGCACUAGACAGAGGAUGACAGGAAAAGUCUGUCCAUUUUCGGUUGGAAACGACAGUUAUUGUCUUCUUUUUUUAAACCUUAGACAUAAAGGUUACAAGCAGAUUUUUUCUGUUUCUUUUAUCUUUGGGUCUAUGCCUGUCUCUGAUAUGUAUGCAUGUCACAGAAAGAAUGAAUGUGUGUGUGUGUGUGUGUGUGUGCGUGUGUGCGCGUGUGUGCGUGCACGACAAGCGCUCAGGCACGUUGAUGAACUCUUUGGAAGGGUUUGAAAUGUCUGCAUCUAAAGUGCUUCAAAAAAAGUGAAAAAAAUACUCUCACUUAAAAGGGCUGUCUUUCUUUCUCUUACACUUAGUUUGACUCAACAAUGUAGAAUAUAUCCUCUAGUGCAUCGCCUGUAAAUGUUAUCUGCACUGAGUUACUGAGUAAGGGAUGUGGGUAGGUGUGCAUUGACUGAAUACACCACUCAGGCAUAACAUUAUAACCACCCCCUUGUUUCUACGCUCAUUGUCCAUUUUAUCAGCUCCACU